GUGCGACCAUCAAAUUCGCUGUAGCGAUUAAAUACCAAAAAUAAAACAAAUCAAAAUUAAAAAAAAGUUUAAAAAGUGCGUAGCCACUACUAAAAGCGUUCUCUUCUUCUAACUGUGCUUCUUCCCCGUGCCCCGCCACAAGUAACUCUCAAGUACCGCGCAUUCAAUAGUCAUGGACAACGACAACUACGAGCAUCCGAACUUGUCCUCGGAUAACAGCAGCACCAGCAGUGGCAGCAGAGGGAAUUCAGCAGCAGCAGCAGCAGUUGCAGUACAAGUUGCAGCGGUAGAAACAGCAGCAUCAGCAGCAGAAACGCCAGCCACAGUCGGAGGCUCCAAUGAGCCCAUGAGUGAAUCCUCCUCUCCUUCCUCCUCCUCGUCCGUCCCACACCCCCAGUCAUUCAGUGCAGCCAUUUUAUUUAACAUUGAUACAGAAGAAGACGAAGAAGGAGCUCAUGACCAUUCAUCGCAUGAUCAUCACUCUCCUACUCCUCCUUUUCGCCAGACUGCAACGCAACCCGCAACAGCGCCACAACUGGAGCCACAGCCCGAGGAGCAGCAGCAACAGCCGGUCGGGCCAGAGAUAGAAAUAGAGCCAGAGCCGGAACCGGAGCAACAUCCGCAGCAGCAGCACCUCCAACUGGAGGACGGGGACUCCGACUCGGAGCCAGAGCGAAGUCCACAACAGCAUCAGCUGCAGCCAGUGGACACAGACGCCAGCGCGAUUGCGGAUACCAUUGACGCCGGUGCCAUUCCCAACGAAGCCGUGGAGCGCAUCGACGAUUUCGAGGACGACGACGACGACCUCGAAGAGGGCGACGACGCUGUCUCCGCUCCGCGCGACGUCGACGACCAGGCCCCGUCGACAUCCGCUGCCACCCAAAGGCUGAGCUCGGUUGCCGUCCUGCCGACCCAUUCGGCUGCCGCCACCAUCGCCGGUCAGAGCGCCAGCCGUGCCUCCCUAAACCAACAGUUGCGUGCCCCGCUCCCUGCCCCCGACAAUCACGCCGCCAGUGCAGCUGCCGUCGACGAUCAGGAUCAGGAGAACGACAGCAAUAACAACAACGCGGCCGCAGCUCGACGCACUCGUCAUUUCUACAGCAACAACGGGAGCCGCUUCACCAACGACAUGUUCCCCGGCAACUGCCCCCAGAAGAGCUCGAACCAGAGCUCGCCCCGCUCCGGCGGAGGACGUCACCAGUCCACACAGCAGGGCGUGGAUCCGCUGCGUCUGCUCUAUCCCAAUGUGAACGAGACCGAGACUCCAUUGCCGCGCUGCUGGAGUCCACACGACAAGUGUCUGUCGAUAGGGCUGUCGCAGAACAAUCUGCGCGUCACCUACAAAGGCGUGGGCAAACAGCACAGUGAUGCCGCCUCCGUGCGCACCGCCUACCCGAUCCCAUCCUCCUGUGGGUUGUACUACUUCGAGGUGCGUAUCAUCUCGAAGGGCCGCAACGGCUACAUGGGCAUCGGCCUUACCGCCCAGCAGUUCCGCAUGAACCGCCUGCCAGUAGGUUGGGACAAACAGUCGUACGGCUACCAUGGGGAUGACGGCAACUCGUUUAGCUCCUCGGGCAAUGGCCAGACCUACGGACCGACCUUCACCACCGGCGACGUCAUCGGCUGCUGCGUAAACUUUGUGAACAACACUUGCUUCUACACAAAGAACGGCGUGGACUUGGGCAUCGCAUUUAGGGACUUGCCGACCAAGCUCUAUCCGACAGUGGGUUUGCAGACGCCCGGCGAGGAGGUGGAUGCCAACUUUGGCCAGGAGCCGUUCAAAUUCGACAGAAUCCUGGACAUGAUGAAGGAGAUGCGCGCAAAUGUUUUGCGCAAAAUCGACAGAUAUCCACAUCUGCUGGAGACGCCGGAGAACCUAAUGAAUCGCCUGGUCUCCACCUAUCUGGUGCACAAUGGCUACAGCAAGACGGCCGAUGCCUUCAAUGGCUACACGAAUCAGCCAUUCGACGAGGACUUGGCCUCCAUCAAGACGCGUCAAAAGAUCAUCAAGCUUAUACAGACUGGUAAAAUGAGCCAGGCCAUUGAGCAUACGCUGCGCUCGUAUCCCGGCCUGCUGGAGACCAACAAGAAUCUGUGGUUCUCCCUGAAGUGUCGUCAGUUUAUCGAGAUGAUCAAUGGAGCUGACAUCGAGCAGGGCAACAAUAAAGUGACAGCCACCACACAGACCAUGCCCACAAAUCAGACCUCCGUCAUACAGUCAACGAAGGCGUUCAAGCACAGCAAGGGCGGCAACAGUAGCAACAAUAGCAACAACAGCAGCCACAGCCAGAGCCAGAGCAACCAGCCACAACAACAGAACAACACUGCAAUUCCAGCUGUGAUAAAAUUAGAGAGCGGCGAAAAGCAGGAUCUGAAAAACCUGGUCAUGGAUGACAACUCGAACAAGUGUGCGGAUCAUGACACCAACAGCAUGGAUGUGGAGAUGGAGCCGUGCCAGAGCCACUCUAACGGCGGUGACUCGUGCUCCAAUGGCAAUGCCAAUGCCAAUGCCAAUGCCAGUGCCAGUGGAGUGCGCAACUCUUUAGAUGCCAUCGACGAGGAAAUGGGUAUAGAAAUAGAAAAAUCAGAAACCAGAAAGAGAAUCAAGCUAAUAAAGGUUGCCCAAACGCACCCAGAUGUAGACGUGUCGCCCUCAUCGCGCAGCUGUGGUCGUGUCAUCGAGAAGAUACUCGAGUUCGGCAAGGAGCUGUCCAGCAUGGGACAGCAGCUGGAAAAGGAGAACCUCAUGACUGAGGAGGAGCGUCAAAUGUUGGAGGAUGCAUUUAGCUUGAUUGCCUACUCAAACCCAUGGUCCAGUCCGCUCGGCUGGCUCUUGUGCCCCUCGCGACGUGAAAACGUCUCCACCACGCUCAAUUCGGCCAUAUUGGAGUCGCUAAAUUUCGAGAGACGUCCACCGCUGGAGUUCCUGGUGGCGCAUGCAUCCGAGCUAAUCAAGCUGAUCGGUCAGCAUUCGCUGGGCGAAGAUGCUUUCAUUACCAUCGACGAUGUGUUCCCGCAAAAUUGACCCAGUUCGCCGACGCUGCUGAAGAUGUUCGAGACGACGCUGACCCUGCCGCGCACCAGCGUACUGAACGAACCGCUGGGCAGCGUAGUACCCUCCACAUCGACCGCGGCGGUGGCUGUGCAGACGACCAAGCGACGCCGUCGUCGUCGCAAUAAAAGGCGACGCAAGUCCUCUCUGUCCGGCAGCACCGAAGCGUCCUCAUCCCGCACCUACGAUCCUGUCAUGACGGGCAGCAGCAGCAGCAUGCGUAGUACGGGUGGGGUUGGUCCGGGUGCCAUGCGUCGUGGUCGUUUUCGUGGGGUCAGCUCAUCCUCAUCAUCAGCAGCAGCGGCGGCGGCAGCAGCAGCGACAGCAGUAGCAGCGUCUUCGGCGGCAUCAGCAGCCGCAUCCAUGAGUGGCGGAAGCAGUCCUUCGAUGUAUAUUGAUCCGCAGGACUACUUCGAGACGCUCGACUAGAUUAUUAAACAAUUUUUCGUAAUAGGUUAAAUUUUGUUGUUACUUCAGUUCUCCUUUUUUACCAUCAGAGAAGCCCCCCAUUAAUGUCCAUCUUUUAACUGAUUCAUUUUGCUAGAGAGAUGCGCGACAUCUGCAGUCGGAGCUACGGAGUCGAGCGACUAUUUGCGGCCUUUUGAUUUAGCGUGAUUUUUUAAUAACUUUUAACGUAUAUUUUAUAUAGCCCCUGUAAGCAUAAAGUGUGUAAUAUUAUGAUGUAUAAUUAAAUUGCUGCGAACUGUGCUGCGUCACGAACCCUGGAAAUUCACUUUCAA